GACAAGAUGGGUUUCGGUGUUCUAGAAGACCGCCACAUGGCGGCACCUCCAGGGACCGCUACCAUGAACACUCUAACAGAUAUUGAUACCAAAGUCGACACAAGCUCGCUGAAGAAGGAUGGCGAGACCAUUUUGCAGCCUCAGCCCUCGGACAGUCCCAAUGAUCCCCUUAAUUGGUCUCGCGCAAGGAAGGAGACGAUCAUGUUAAUCCUGGCUUUCAGCUCCGGAGUAACGACAGCCCUUGGUCCCAUGGUGACACCCGGUCUUCCUCUCGUAGCGAUGAAAUACGGCGUUAGUAUAGACUUAGUGUCAAGCCUCGUCAUCGGUUUCCUCGCCUUCUGGAUUGGCUUCACGACGUUCUUCACUGCGGCAGGCGCAAACGCUUGGGGCAAACGUCCUUUCUUCGUCAUCUCCGCCGUCAUACUUCUAGCCACCAAUAUCUGGGGAUAUUUCACUACGUCCUUCGUCUCAUUGGCAGUCAUGAGAGCCAUUCAAGGUAUGGCUUCUGCUCCCCUUGAGACACUCGUCACCUCGUCCGUCUCCGACUUGUACUUUGUACAUCAGCGAGGUACACGCAUCAGUCUAUGGGGAUGCAUGCUCGCCAGUGGCGUUCUUCUCGGUCAAACCAUCGCUGGUGCCAUCAUCGAGAGAAUAUCUUUCGAAGCAACAUUUGGCAUCUCAGCCUUGAUUUUCAUUCCUAUCGUAUUCGGCAUGUAUUUCUUCGUAGCAGAAACGACAUACAACGGGCCCCGUCCUACUAGCGAGAAAUUCAUGCCUGAUGAGAAGGACAUGUCGUUCCUGGACGAUGAUGAACCGAGGCACACCUAUCGCCAACAACUCGGUCUUUUCCACGGCCGCUUGUCUCAGGAAUCCUUCUGGAAGAACGUAUGGAAGCCUGUUCCUCUAAUCGCCUACCCUGCUGUGCUUUUCUCUACUGUUGUCUACGGCUCGUACUUCGCCUGGCUACUCACUAUCUCAGUGCUGUCAGUCAGCAUAUUCUCGGCGCCACCGUAUAUGCUCAGCCCGGGACAAGUUGGACUCACGAACCUGCCGCUUCUGGCCGUGGCCCUGAUCAGCUCCCCUCUCUCGGGAUGGUCGGCCGAUGCUGUGGCGAAACUCAUGGCGCGCCGGAACAACGGCAUCUUUGAACCCGAAUUCCGUCUCCUACUCAUGAUCCCAGCGACAAUUUUUGCGGCGGUCGGGUUUCUCGGCUUCGGCAUGAGUGUUCAGAGCGGCGCUCCUCUUGUCUGGCCUAUUACGUUCAUGAGCAUACACUCGUUUUCCGUGCCCUUUGCAACAACGGCGUCUCUGACUUAUGUCAUUGACUGUCAUCCGAGGGAUGCGAAUCAGGCUUUCGUCACUAUCAAUUUCACCAAGGCCGUGUUUACUUUCGCUGCGACGACGUAUGCGAAUGGCUGGAUGGCACAAGUUGGACCGCGUGGGGUGUUUGAUGUGAUUGCGGUCAUCAACCUUGGUAUUUGUGCGCUGACUAUUCCGGCCUAUGUGUUUGGCAAGAGGUUCAGAAGCUUUGUUGCACGAAGCUCGUUCGGCAAGAAGUUGACUAGCUAGGAUGCUUGACGCAUUGAAACGCUAGAUCACUUUUAGAUAUUUGCUUAGAAUCUGGGG